UUAUACUUUUAAAAUAAUAUUGCAUUGAAAACUAUCGCCUUCGUCCCAUUCAGUUGUGUAUUCAGAUUUUAGAUCGAUUUUGAGUAUUAUGGCUAAAGUUGAGCAGCCACUAUUUAUUCUUCCUAAGAAACGUAACGGGAAGAAGCAAAACUCAAUCGCUGGUCAUGUCGAUCACAUAAUAACUGUUCAGGGUGUCGCUGACGCAGCUGAAGUACCCACAAAAUAUAAAAAUGGUUUAUCACCUGUUUCCGAACAUGUUGCUAACGGUAUAAUACAUUCUACCAUGGAGGGUCUAAAAUCCAAUAUGAAAAUAAAUUUACCCAUCAUCAAUGAUGUCCACGAUGAGGAUUUAAAUGAAAUAAACGAUCAAGCGAAGUCGGUACAGAAGAAUGGAUACCAACAAUUAAACAACAGCCGUGAAAUAAUUGACCUAUCGCCUAUAUACGAAAAUUCGUCCGAUGCAUGCUCUAGUCAUGGAGACUUGCGUGAAGAUAAUGAAUUGCAAAAGAGUUGCCGCAUACUCAAUUCCGAAAACAAUGAAAGCUCUUGUCCAACACCUAACAGCCUAUCACAAACUCACUCGGAAAACAGUUUUGAAAUGGGCCCAAUGACCGAUAGCUUGAAAAAUAGUGCUAAGAGAAAGAAAAGGGUCAAUAUUGUAUCUGGGAUAACUGAAUCUGAUAAUACGGAGACUGAAGUGACUGCAUUAAGAGUGGAUUCUGAAGCUUCUCUUACUCCUGAUUGCUCUCUAUCUGAGAGCAAGGACAGCUAUCUAACCAUGACAGGAACUAUCAAACGUGGAAAGAAGAAGGGCCAAAAUGUAGACGUAAAACUCAACAUUUCUAGAGAGGAACUUGAAAUCAUUGAAGCGUCUAUUGUAGCUGACGAAUUAAGCAAAAUGGAUGUGUCGAAAUGCUCUCUGUAUAAUGGACCACAUAUAUUUCUAUUCAGUUUGGUGUGUGUGCCAUUUGUUGCAUUUAUCUCUGCAGCUUAUUCAUUUUAUAUCGGCACAUUGGCUUGGUACAACAUUUUCUCUAAUGUUACAGAAGAAUUUAGCUGCGUCAAGAAGGUAUUCUUGGCACCAAUAGUUAUUUUGGCAUAUCCAUUCUUGAUUGUCAUAUUUACUAUGGGACUUGGAUUGUACGCAGGUAUAGUACAGUUAACUUUCAGUGGGGCAAAUUGGUGGAAGGAUGUGUGUGACUUUGAAAAGGGCUUUUACGGCUGGCUUUGUAAUGUGUUGGGUAUGUCUGAAUGUAGUCCGUAUGAAGUUGUUGUUUUGAUGGACGUUAAACCAUAGACUAUAUGAGGAACAGUAAAGGUGCCAUGUGUGCUGAUAUUGCAGAUAUGAAAUAUGAUUGGAUAUUGCAUGAUUUGCCAGUUUUAAAAUAUUUAUCUUGCACCAAUCCGAUAUACUUAAAUUACCAAUUGUAUUCAAUUGCCAUCAUUCAAGCUAUAAUUAGAAAAGAGGAUAUAUUUUUUUUUUUUUUUGGAACAAAUUUAGCAAAAAACAAGAACUGAUAUUAAACAUUCCUUUUGUUUUAGUAAUUGUGUUAAACCCUACUUAUAUAAAAGGGAAGUUUAUACAAUUAGCUAAUAAACACUGCCAUAAUGUAUACUAAAUAUUAAAUUAGAAUGAAAUACAAAGGUAUAAGUGUUUACAUAUCUAGUCAGCUUUUUUAACCUAGUAUUUAUGUUAAAUGGAAGAGUUGGAAAAACAAGGAAUGGAAAAAAUGGGAUCAAAAACUGAUAAGACUUAAUGGGAGUGAAUUUUUGAAAGUAUUUUACUUGAUUUUAAUCUUAGGUGUAUGAGAAUGAUUUAAAUAAUAAUUAAUGUAUUACGGUCUUACUAAUAAAAAGUUAAACAAUGGAUAAAUUUCUACCAUUUUCUACCAUAGCUGUGUCCUGCUCUUGCUCACAUGAAACGUCAAUCAUAAAAACAAGACAGGUUAUUGCAAUAACUAAUCCAUUGAAUAGUGAAUGGGUAACAUUUUAUUUGUAAGACCAUUCGUUUGUAGAAGGAAAGACUCAAAUUAUCAUCUUCCUGUAUACCAUCUUCCAUAUUAUUCACAUACCAAAUAUUAUAAUUCUAUCUAGUCAAGCAUUUAAAGUGCACAAAAGUUUAUGAUAACAAGAAAACAUUAUAUUUUAUAAAUGAAGUGACUGUAAAGUACAAUUUAUUAUAUUGAUUUAUAUUAUUUUAAAGUCAAUUUUAAUCAUAAUUAUAUUAUGUGUAUCAUAUCACUUUCAUCGUCAAAAUAGGUUGUGCUUUUUAUUUAUUACUGAGGUGAAGUUUUAAAAAUAAAAUGACUGUAUUUUGCACAAAAUAUUUGUAUCAUCCAUAGUGUUUAUUUAGCAUUAAUAAAACUAUAAGAAAUGUAUAGGGAAGCU